AUGGAUCCAGAAUAUCGGAUGGCGAACGGAAAAGUCCCAUCCGAAGGACAUAAUCUACUUAAGAAGUACACACGAACAGCGCAUCAAAUCAAAUAUUUUGUGACCGAUUCCGCGUUUCCUUUUCUACCGCAUGAGUUGAUCUACUCGAUUGUUUUCUUCUCAUUGUUCAACGUAUUCGAGUUCUCUGCUUUCAUCGCCAUUUCAAAGACAUUUGAGAAUCUCGCACACCUGGUGUUAAGCCCUUGCUUUCUUCUCCAUUUGACAUGUGUGUCAUUGACAUCCACGCUGUUCACUAUUGCUCUUGUGCUAGUUGUCCGACUGACAAUCACUAUGAUACUUUAUUAUCAUGGAUGGUUAUAUGAAACUGUUGGAAAACCGCCGAGUCUUUCAACAAAGCUUUUCAUGAUAACGAUGAAAGUACUCUCCGCUAGGGCUCGCUUCUUUUCGUUCCAAGACCUUCUACCAUGGAUGAUGCCUCCUGCAGUACACAAUACUGUCAAGCAAUACCUGGAUACUGUACGACCGCUGCUGAGCGAUGAGCAGUUCGCUGUUGUCAAAGAUCAAGCAGAUGAGUUCCAAAAAUCCGUUGCAAACGAGAUACAACGGAAACUCUGGAUGAAAUGGCUUAUUUCUAGAAAUUAUGUUUCUGAUUGGUGGAAAGAAGUCGUCUACAUGCGUCAUCGCAAUUCACUAAUUUAUACAAACGUCGCUUGUGCAGAUGUGAUCUACCAAAAAACAACCACCAACCAGGCUGCUCGAGCUGCGUACGUAACCCUAAAUCGACAGCAUUUCUGCAGAGAUAUUUUUGUGAAGAACACCAUGAAGCCGAUCUCUUUGGGUAUUAUACCGAUGUGUGCGACACAGUACUCGGACUAUCACCGAUCGCUUAGGGUCCCUCGAGAAACAAGUGAUGUAAUGAUCCGCUUACCCGAUGCUCGUCAUAUAGCCGUUUACUCCAAAGGGUGUUGGUACAAGGUGAACAUAUUUCAUGGAAAAAGGAUGCUGCGACCAGUUGAGCUGCAGAGGUCCUUACAACAAAUCCUGGAUCUCAACGAUACACCACAAAAAGGAGAGGAACACUUAGCGGCACUCACAGCUGGCCCUAGAGAUCUUUGGGCCAAAAUUCGAAACAAUAAGUUCUCGGAAGGAAUAAACAAAGAGUCGCUGUCGUUCAUUGAGAAUGCCUUGGAAAUUGUCUUCUUAGACGACGGAGAAACUGGUUAUGACGAGAAUGAUCCCGCUUACUACGAUAGAGAAUAUGAACUCGCACUCACUGGCGACGGCUACAAACUAUGGUGCGACAAACCAAGCGUUUAUAGUUUCACAAAAAACGGAAGGUUCAUUUCCAAUGCUGAGCACUCCGUCGUCGAUGCGAUGAUUUACGUCCACGUUCGUGAAUAUCUCAAGUAUCACGAGGCUUUUGAUAAACCUUACGGACCGGAUGGAAAUUGUAUCGGCGAAAUUCAGGUGGUCCCGAAGCCGGAACGAUUGCGUUGGCAAUUGGAUUCCGAGACGCUGGACGCAAUCACUGAGGCUUACUCUGUCUCCAAACAAAUCGCCGACGAUUUCGAAAAUGGGCACUGUGUGUUCACCGAGUAUGGGAAGGAUUUCAUGAAGACGAUUGGCGUUUCACCCGAUGCUUUCAUCCAAAUGGCAAUGCAACUAGCAUACUACAAGGAUCAGGAAAAAUUCGAGCUUACUUAUGAGCCUGCGGUUAUGCGCCUAUACCGUGACGGAAGAACGGAAACUGUAAGAUCAUGCAGUAUGGAGUCAUGCGAUUUCGUCCGAUCAAUGAUUGACGAAAAUGAAAGUGAUCAGAAAAGGAUGCUGCUUCUAAGAAAAGCCUGUGAUCGUCAUCAAGCCUACUACCGUAACGCAAUGGCUGGGCAUGGUGUCGAUAGACAUUUGUUCGCGAUGUAUGUGGUAUCGAAAUACUACGGGAUGUCAUCACCGUUCUUAGACAGUGUGUUUGGCAUGAAUUAUGCUCUGUCGACCAGUCAGACACCACAACAUCAAAUGAGCGAAUUCACAAAAGCCCUUAACAAAGAGCGUGAUCUAUUCUGGCCGGCUGGUGGUUUCAACUGCCCGGAAGGAUCAAACUAUGGAGUUUGCUACACUCUCGGCGCUACAGGAGAUCUUCUGAGUUUUCAUGUAACAUCAUGGAGAUCACUUGAACACACGGAUGCCCGUCGCUUUCGAAACACCAUAAUCGAAUCACUGCGAGAAAUGAGAAGAAUGGCUGAGAACGCAUCGAGCUGA